AUGGAAAAUUUGAAAAAUAUUUGGAAACCUGAACUAUAUCGCAUACAACUGGAAGCACCAAUACCUAAGCGAAUAACGUGUGAAAAUUGUCCAGAUCGACCAGAGUUCUAUGGAAAAGAAUACCAUGGCAUAUUGGGUCAUAAGGAGGCCUCAUCACUACUUGAAAAUGAGCCAAAUGGAGCCUUCUUAAUUCGAAAAGGAAAUGAACAUAAUGAUUUUUAUACAUUAACAUGGAGGUUCAAUGACAAAAUACAUCACUACAAACUAUAUUAUGACGGUACACAUUAUAUUAAAGAUAAGAGGUAUGAUACAAUCUACGACUUGGUGGCCGAUGGCCUGAUCACAUGCCACAUGGAAAUUAAAGCCCAUCACAUCCUCGAGAUGAUAAACUCGAGGACCAGCUAUACAGACAGCCCCUAUGUGACAUUAAAUAGGCGCAAAAUGAAUACAUUGUCUCAAAUACAUCAGGCAUCAAAUAGGUCUAGUCCAGUCAAUACCAAAUUAGAAAGCAAAAUUAAACCAGACCUUACUAUAAAAAAGACUUGUGAUCUGACACCUACAGUAGAAGACAAUUCAUUGUUGUACAAAUAUUCAAAAUCACAUAGUUUCAAAGUUCAUACAUUUAAGGGCCUCAAUUGGUGUGAGCUGUGUGCUAAUUUUCUCUGGGGUUUUACUGCACAGGGUGUUAAGUGUGAAGAUUGUGGUUUUAUAGCCCAUUCUAAGUGUUCUGAGCGGGUGCCAAAUCACUGCUUACCAGAUUUGAAAAAACUGCGCGGUGUGUUCGGCAUAGAUCUAACGACGCUACUGAAUGCGCACUCAAGUACACUGCCCUUUGUUGUGAGAAAAUGCGUGAAUGAAAUCGAGGCUAGAGGCAUGGACUCUGAGGGCAUUUACCGUGUUUCUGGUUUUGCGGAUGAGAUUGAAGCAUUAAAGAUGGCCUUUGACAAAGAUGGUGAAGCGACGGAUUUAAGUGUGUUUAGUAAUAUAAAUGUAAUAGCAGGAACUCUGAAACUUUACCUACGUCUUUUACCCGUGCCUCUCAUCACGUACGAGGUUCAUCCGAAACUUUUGAGUGCUAUACAAACGAAGGCAGCAGGGGUUCAAGUGACGAUGCUCCGCGAAUGUCUGGAUUCAUUGCCGCCAGCGCAUUUCAACUGUCUGCAGUAUAUGGUUCAACAUUUACAUCGAGUAUCUCAAUUAGCGGAAGUGAAUAAAAUGAGUGCACAUAACUUGAGUACCGUCUUCGCUCCAACCCUGGUGGCGACUCCCCCCGCCAUCACCGAUCUGGCAUUCGAGAUCCGAGCUUUACAAGCCCUCAUCGAAUAUUGCCCACAAAUAUAUUAUGGAAAUAAGUGA